CCUAUUUCUAGCCCCGGGAAUACCAAGUGUCGACCUCUUAAGUCUCCGGCAGAUCCCGGAGUUUCACCCGUGAUAAUCGCCUGUCUCACGUUUUAGUAAUGCUUGUGAACCGGUCUCAUAUAGUUCGUGUCCUACGGGACCUAGUGUUGUGCAUCCUCUAGUCUAUUUUUUUUCUAGCAUGUCUCGCCGAAUUCCUUCGUUUUCUCCACAUAGUGUGAUUAGCUUUACUAGCGUUGCUGUAGACUGCUUGUCAACGCUAGGGCAUAAUGCUGAGGUCACGAAGUUGGUUUACUACAGAAUAUACUUGUCUGUGGCAGGUGUAGCAUGUUCUCAAUUGCCAAGCUGGGAAACAAGUGAAAGGUACCUUUGACUCUACUUCACCACCCACAAUCUGAUUUACUACU